AUGGCUGCCAAUGUACGGGUGAUGAUGGCCAGAAGACCACAGUUGUCCAUGUCCAAAAUGAUGAAGUUGCCACAAUUUGUUAACCAAAGAUCCUACUCCCUCAGCACUGAAGGAGAAGAAAUUUCUGAUAAAAUUGAUAAACUAAGUGAUUCUCAAUAUUCGCGAAUUGCUAAUGAAUACUUGGACACUUUAGGGGAUGAAUUAGAAGCUCUUUCAGAAGAUUUCCCCGUGAUUGAUUGUGAAUUAAGUCAAGGGGUGAUGACCCUUGCACUUCCUCCACAUGGAACGUAUGUGAUCAAUAAACAACCUCCAAACAAACAGAUCUGGCUCAGUAGUCCAAUCUCUGGACCUAAGCGGUACGAUCUUAUUGGUGGUAAAUGGAUCACCUUGAGAGACAACAGUAGUUUGACUGAGUUAUUAGAAGAGGAAAUAUCUCUGGGAUUGGAGACUGAAUUUAAGUUUGAAUCAAUUGAAAAUUAA